GGUAGACACACUUCGCCUGAGUUCCUGGACCAAAUUUUGCAUCAUGAAUUUUGCUGGAUUACUGGUUAUCUACGUCGGCAUCAUCUGUCAAACCCAUUUACUGGGUACUGCUGCUCAAGAUGAGUGUUCAGGAUGGUGGACUAAUUGGUUUAAUCAUGAUGGUCCGAGUGGUUUGGGAGAUUAUGAAACAACAUCAUUUUUUGUAGAUCAUCUUGGAAACGAUAUGUGCUCUGAUCCUACUGGUGUACAAGCGCAGACGGUAGAUGGUGUUGCAGCAGAAGAUACAGGUGAAAUAUUCUCAGACUAUUCGCCAGAAGAAGGAUUCGUUUGUUUACGGGCAGAUCAACCAGAUAACGAAUGCUAUGACUAUGAAGUCAGAUUCUGCUGCCCAGCUUAGAGCUUUAAAUGCAGCUGGUAGACAAAAAAGCAGUUGCAUGAAAGCCAUUCUAUAUUGUCUAUAAUAGAAAUUCAUGAAUGCAUCCUCUUCGUAGUUAUAUUGCACUUUCUCUGUAAGUUGAUGUAACAAAUAAAUUAAUCAUCACCGUG